UCACGGACACGGCGGGCUCGGGACCCGCCACGGGCAGCGGCUCCGCACGGGCUCCGACAGACCGACACACACAGACAGACACACAGACAGCGAGACAGCGGCGCCGCCACAGCGCAGACACAGAGCUCCCCGGCACCGCCACAGCGCAGACACACAGCGCGGCGGCACCGCGCAGGGCUCAGCCACAGCGCACCGCGGCAGCGGCAGGAGGAGGACGAGCAGCGCACGGUGCUGGGAGCCCCGGCCGGCGGCGCUGCCCGGAGAUGUCGGGGGUGCUGGUGAUCGCUGCUUGGUGCUUCCUGCAAGUGGAGAGCCGGCAUCCUGAAAUCAUCACCAGCAACAGCAAUCAUGGCAAUUUCCUGGACAACGACAAAUGGCUGAGCACCGUUUCGCAGUACGAUAAAGACAAGUACUGGAACAAAUUCCGGGAUGAUGAUUAUUUCAGAAACUGGAAUCCAAACAAGCCGUUUGAUCAAGCCCUUGAUCCGUCCAAAGAUCCCUGCCUGAAGGUGAAGUGCAGCCCACACAAAGUGUGCGUCACCCACGACUACGAGACCGCGAUUUGCGUGAGCCGCAAGCAGCUGGUGCACAGCCUUCGACAAAAGAAAGGCAACUUGGCCCAGAAGCACUGGGCUGGAGCAGCCAACGUGGCCAAGUGCAAGCCGUGCCCCGGGGCACACUCCAGCGCGGUCUGCGGCUCCGACGGGCACACCUACAGCACCAAGUGCAAGAUGGAGUUCCAUGCAUGUACUUCUGGCAAAACCAUCACAGCUCGAUGUGAAGGGCCCUGCCCCUGCCUGCCAGGACCUGAAAGUUUAAAACACAAGACAGAGAAGACUGCUUGCACAGACAAGGAGCUGAGGAAUCUGGCUUCCAGGCUAAAGGACUGGUUCGGUGCCCUUCACGAGGAUGCGAAUCGCGUCAUCAAACCCACCAGCUCGGAGACGGCACAAGGCAGAUUUGACACCAGCAUCCUACCGAUCUGUAAGGACUCCUUAGGCUGGAUGUUCAACAAACUUGACAUGAACUACGACCUGCUGCUGGAUCCCUCGGAGAUCAGCGCCAUUUAUCUGGAUAAGUACGAGCCGUGUGUCAAGCCGCUCUUCAACUCCUGCGACUCCUUCAAAGACGGGAAGCUUUCCAACAACGAGUGGUGCUACUGCUUCCAGAAGCCUGGCGGUCUUCCUUGCCAGAAUGAAAUGAAUAGAAUUCAAAAGCUAAGUAGAGGGAAGAGUCUGUUGGGUGCUUUCAUCCCCCGGUGCAAUGAAGAAGGUUAUUACAAAGCCACGCAGUGCCAUGGCAGCACGGGGCAGUGCUGGUGUGUUGAUAAGUAUGGCAAUGAGAUAGCUGGCUCCAGAAAGCAAGGCACAGUCAGCUGUGAAGAAGAGCAAGAAACCUCAGGGGAUUUUGGCAGUGGUGGAUCUGUUGUAUUGUUGGAUGAUUUGGAAGAGGAGCCUGAAGCAACAAAAAAAGACAAAGAAGGGAAACUGAAGAUUCAUGUAAGAGCAGCUAAUGAAGACGAUGAAGAUGAAGAUGAUGAUAAGGAUGAUGAAAUUGGUUAUAUAUGGUAGUGCCCAUCAUAAUGAGGACUCACGUUUUGCACAAUAUUGCAACUCACAUCAUAUCUCUGCAAUUGUAUCUGAGAGUACCUGGCACAAAUAUUCUGUCUCUAUUGAGUUUAAUUUUGUAUAGUCAAUUUAAUUUGGAUGACAAUUUUUUUCUUUUUUUUUCUUUUUUUUUUUCUUUUUUUUUUUUUUCCCAGCAAGGACUGUUUGGAAUACAGCUUUUGUUCAGUUGGUUUGGGGUUUUUUUGUUCUGUCCACAGGGGCAAUGAGUGUUUCAAAACCAUUUUGUGUCUUAAUCCGCACUUGAACUACUUAUGAAAUCCAUCCUGUGAAAGACCCCUGGAAGGGGCUCAAAAAACCAAUACAAAGGCUUAGAAGCCCCUCUCAUGUCAGAGAACUUGUGUCAUAAAUUGUUACCUGGAUCAUAUCGGAAAUUUUUUUGUUUCAUGACGAAGAAGUGGGUGCCUCAUUUUCUAGUCCGUAUUUAUAAUGUCCCAGUGAGGAGUCAGUCUCUUUGGCUGCCCAGUACCAGGGCUUUAAUCCAGAAGAAAACCCACUGGCAGGACUUUCCCUUCUUUUCAUUCUCUGAGAAUGAGUCCAGCAGGCUUAGUCCAGCUCACACUGAAGGCAAAACUCCCACCAGGGCACAGAUCUUUAUUUGACACUUUAUUUGAUAAAGGAACAUGGCCUUGAUCUUAAGAGAUGCUGAGAACCUGCAGCUGUCCUGGACCAAGCCCUAGAGGCAGGGGACAGAAUCCAUCUGCCUUGCAGAGUGUUUAAGAGGAGAGAAUUUUGUGAAUUUGUGGCAUCACAACCACGCCCAGAGCUGUUCCUCAGUCUCUGUCGGAGCUCCUUUGGACGAGGAGGGUCUCUAAGAACACCCAGGCAGCCCCUGCUCCCAGCUCACACACCACAGACCUGUCUGUCCUCCAUUUAGCAACCCUCCUUGCAAAGUGACAAUGCCGUCAACGACACCAACCCUCAAAAGUAACUGUCACAUUUAAUGUAAAGUUUAAAAAAGCAGCUUUAGAUGGUGAUAUUUCAAAAGCAUAACCCCUCGGCUCAGUGUGACUUGUAAUACACACUCCUCAAAAAGAAAGGUAUUAAAAUCCAAUCAGUGAUUCCCACCAUAGCUCCCAUCUAUUCAAAGCUCUUGUAUCAGAGCAUAUUGACAUUACAUUAUUUGCAGUGUCCUUUCCCAUGGCAGUUCUCAGAUGCAGUAAUGUGCUGUGGUGACCUUUUAUUAUUUUUGCUGUCAUGUGGAGCAGCAAGAGGAACCUUAACCCCUCUUGCAUUAGGAUACAGGUGUAAGUAUUUUAGCAGUGCCUGUAGUUGGCCAGUGAGUUGUUUUGCAGAAUGAAAAACAUGUUUUUUAUAACAAAAGCUAAUUAGAUUUUUUUUUUUUUCUGAGUUAAUGGUGGAUAUAGAAGUGGAGACAGCAUAGAGUGACAACGUGGUUGACUAUAUAGUCAGCUGAGAGCUGGAAAAUACCACACAGGUUGGCAGAAGUCAGUUUUUAGGUACAUUGGCCUGGGGAUAUUGGCACCCAGCCCUCUCCAAAGCCAGUGCCCGCCUGGCCGCCCUCUGGGUAGGACCUCUGCUUUCAGACGUGAUCACAAGUGGAAUUCCUUUCAGAUUUCAUGUGCUGCAGGGGCUCUCCUGUUUUCUCCUCUUUUAUUUCCUAUUUAUCCAGAUCAAUGACCUGAGAACAAAGAGCAAGCCUGCAUAAUCAUUAUUAAUGCAGAAGGAUGUGUAAAACCAGGAGGAAUUUGUUGUUUCAUGCCCCUGCAUCCUCCCAAAAAUCUGCCAUCACACUCAUUUGCAAAAGGCCUGCAAUCUGCCCUGCCUCAAAUAAAUCCCUUUGCUUUUCCCAUUGCUGUAGAAAAAUAUAUUUAAUAAUCAUUUUCCACGAGCUGCACCGCACACACACACACACACACACACACGCACUUUUUCUAUUUGCUUUUCACAACUUGCAGGAGGAGCAGGUAACCCAGCAUUUCUGUCUUCCUAAAUAUGAUUUUGUGAGAAGCAGUUGAACACUGUCAAUAGGUUCCUUCUCAAACCUCCUGUCCAGUUUUCCUCUGGUAUUUUCUUAAUUAACCCCACACUCUCUGGGUCUGGCUCUGCUGCCCAGUGCAGCACCUGCCUGAGGCACGGAGCUGCCAUUUCAUUCUGACAUAAAUCUGGGCUCCACAAUCAGCAGAUUACACUUAUCCUCCUGGCUGGACUCAUUCUCCACACAGAGCUGGGGGGUUUUGGCACUCCUGUGUCCCUCCAGAACAGCUCAUCCUGGGCUGUGCCUUACAUCAAAGGUCACAGAGCAAACCCCCUCUCCUGCCCAGCACCUCCUCGGGGUGAAGUCUGUCAGUCUAAGCCCUUGCAGGCAGUACCAGGUCUGAGGCUGCAGGGGGUCACAUGUAAACAUGCAAGAUGGUGAAAUUAAAGCUGAUAAAUAAGCCUUUAAUAGUGAAUGUGAGCAUCUUUGAGUUUACAUGUGAAAAAUGGCAGCACCACCCACUGCUGGUCUCCUGGCUGUGAUCUUUCCCUUGCCAUGCUUCCAAGUCAGAGCUGGAAGGGUUUCUAUCUGUCCAGACUCACCAGCUCAGACAUGGGGUGGGUCCCAGUGAAACAGCUCCAUGCACAGCCUGGCCAGAGGGCAGGUGCCUCGGCUGGCUCGGGUGGCCGCUGGUAGCACAUCCCCCUGCGCCCAGAAACACAAACACACACAGCUGCUCUAAGCCUGCUGGCCUGGAUCCAGGCAGAACCCCCUCUCAAGGCCACUGUUCAGUCACUGUUUGACUCGUGCAAGUGUUCUCCUGGCUCCAGCCAGCGUGGGAGAUGUGCCACGUUAUGGGCUGGGGCAGCAGUGCCCACCCCAGGGGUCCCAGCCAGGCAGGGGCAGGGCACACGGGCUGUCAUGCUUGGAAGGGCAGCUCAGACUCUGGAUUGCUCUGAGAGCGAGUUCCCAAAUCCUGCAAAGCUGUUUGACAGAGCCCUUUUGUGGUCUGCUGGCAUCCUCCCGUGGUGGGGGAUCUGCAGCCUAUAUAUAUAUAUAUACAAGUGUGUAUCUCUGUGUGACUGUAUAUGUACAUUUAUGCACAAAUAUGUGUGUGCAUAUGUAUGUGUGUGUCCAGUUUGGGGAGAUGCAUUAAGAAAAUCCUCUAUUUAAUGAAAUAGUGAUAAAGAAAUCAGUGAUUUUACCAAGAACCAGUGCUUUUCCAGAUGAAGCCCCUUCCAUUCUUCAUGCUUUGUAAAGGAUUUAAUUUGCUUCCAACUUAAUUUAAUUAAAUUCCUUUCUUUUUCUCUCUUUUUUUUUUUUUUUUAACAAAGCAGGACUUACUUCCCAUCUGAAUCAAGUCAUUGACCUUCCAAACAUUUUCUCAUUGUGAAAAAUGGAAUCUGAGGUGUCCCAUUCUUUUGGAGACACAAACCAAAUGGAAUCAGAGUUGUCCUAUUCUGUUAGAAACACAAACCAAUUUUUAAUCUCAUUUUCUUUUCAUUUUACAGUCUGUGAGAUACUGUUAGGCAUUGCUUUAUGUUUCUUUUAACUACUGUAGUUAAAUCAAAAUGUUGAGUUCAGAUUUCAGCACAGCUGGGUUUUUUGGGUCAUUACCAGCCUUUGCUGUGAACACAAAGAACCCUCUUUAUUUUCUUUGCCUUUUUUUUUUUUUUUUAAGCUACUCUGUACUAUUAUUUUAAACCAUUUGAAGUGUUUAUUUAAUAUUUAUUCCACAGUUUAUAUUGAAGAUGUAAAGUUUAUAUUUAAAACAACACUGUUUGUUAGUGAAUGCUUCUCUUUGCCUCUCCAGCCUAGUCCGUUAGUCUCAGUGUACAUUUCUGGCAUGGGAAUAUUUUGAUAUUAGGAGUUUUGUAGCCUUUUCUCCCUCAAGCAGCAACUGACGUAGAUCUAAGGUCACCACCUGACCCAGAGCACCAGGUCCUUGAGCUUCGCUUCCUCCAUUUGUUGGCUUCUCUGGCAGCCCCUCCCGUAUCCCAUCCUUUCAUCCACAGACUGCUUUGUACAGUUACUACACAUCAAAAAGCCCUUUCUACAGUAGGUGGGUUUUGGUCUUUUUAUACUUUUCUCAAUGCUGUUGAUGUCUGUUACUGUUCAAUGUGUAGAUCUGUAAGGAGAGAUCCAAAUAUUACGUGUUUCAGUUCGAUGUCCCUACUGUAGAUGGAUGUAGAUUAUCAUAGUAAGUAGAACUGCAUAGUAAAUUCUGAAUGCUUUUUCCAUAAGGAGUUCAGUGGAAUGUGAGCAUUUUGCUACCUUUGGUUAACUGUAAAUGCUUAACUGUAGUCUGAAAUAGUUGCAUUUUUGUCUGUCUCAAUAAAUUUUAAUUUGUCUGCGA